AAAGACGUAGGAAACCAUUAAAAAAUGCUCUUAUAUUGUUGGACUAUUCAUGGCCAUUCCGAUCAUUGUAUCAAAGUUAUCUUGCACGCAACGAAUCAUAGUGUCACCUAAAUAAAAUAUAAAACCCGUAACGCCGGCAGAAAAUAACGCCAAUUUCGCUGUUCACCAAAAAUAUGUUUAAAAAAAAAUUAGAAUCAGAUAACAAUCAGUGGUUUUACAACUGUUAAAUCCAGUUUAACGCUGCCUGGAAAACAACCCUUCAAAUUCGGCCCAUCUGCUGGAUCAAUUGUCGCUGAUUUCAGUAAGGAGAGUAUCCCGAAAUGGCUACCAAAGUUUACGUCGUGUACUAUUCAAUGUAUGGACACGUGGAGAAGCUUGCAGAGGAGAUAAAAAAGGGUGCAGAUUCUGUGGAAGGUGUAGAGGCUACAUUAUGGCAGGUUCCUGAAACACUUCCAGAGGAGGUGCUAAUGAAAAUGAAUGUACCACCAAGGUCAGAAGUACCUACCAUAGAACCUCGACAACUGGCAGAUGCAGAUGCCCUUAUUUUUGGCUUUCCCACAAGAUAUGGCAUGAUGGCAGCCCAAUUUAAGGCUUUCUUAGAUGCAACAGGUGGAUUAUGGCGAACUCAGCAAUUGGCAGGAAAACCAGCAGGCAUAUUUUAUAGUACCGGAUCUCAAGGUGGUGGCCAAGAAACAACUCCAUUGACAGCCAUAACCCAAUUGGUUCACCAUGGAUUGAUCUAUGUACCCAUUGGCUACACUUUUGGAGCUGGAAUGUUUGAGAUGGAAGAAGUGAAGGGAGGGAGCCCAUAUGGUGCUGGAACCUUUGCUGGAGAUGGUACACGCCAACCAACCAAGUUAGAGCUAGAACAAGCAUUUCAUCAGGGAAAAUAUAUUUCUGGUAUUGCAAAGAAGCUUAAAGGGAGUGCUUGAUUGAAAAACUGGUAUUUGUAAAAUUGGAUCCAGGUAGAGGAUGCAACAGAAAUAAUUUGGUUUGUUUGUAAUUGUAUCCAUCAUUAUAUGGCAGUUUGUCAUUGAUUUCUGCUUGUCCAUUAUUGGUACCCUGCACUGUAUACAUUGUGCUCUUGAUUUGCAAUGCCCACAUUUUUGGGUGUAUAAUGCAUUAUAUUUCAUUGAUUUUUAUCAUGUAAAAA